CUCUGAGCGAGGCAUCUCCUCAUCCUGUCACUCUUCGCGGAAUCUCUUUCCCACAGUUCGCUCUUUGUUUCUCUCUUGGCGGUGGUGGUGGUGGCGGCGGCGGCGGCGGCGUCGACAGGAGGAGGAGGAAGGUGGUGGUGGAAUGGAGAACAUAAGCCACCCUCCAAUGGAGCAACUCCAGGAUUUGGAGUACUGUAUCGACUCCAAUCCGCCUUGGGUUGAGACCAUUUUGUUGGCCUUCCAGAACUACAUUCUAAUGUUGGGCACCAGUGUGAUGAUUCCUUCAUCGCUUGUUCCACUAAUGGGCGGGAAUGAUGCUGAAAAGGUUCGAGUAAUACAAACAUUAUUGUUUGUAUCGGGUAUCAACACGCUUUUGCAAGCAUUGUUUGGGACACGUCUGCCUACUAUUGUUGGUGGUUCUUUUGCGUAUGUGAUACCCAUCCUUUACAUCAUAAGGGACUCAUCUUUGCAGAGAAUCCCAGACCCACAUGAGAGGUUUUUGCAAACUAUGCGAGCUAUUCAAGGAGCACUAAUCAUCGCCUCCAGUUUGCAAAUAAUUCUCGGUUAUAGUCAGGUUUGGGGAAUUUUUUCAAGGUUUUUCAGUCCUCUAGGAAUGGCACCUGUAAUUGGUUUGGUUGGCUUGGGGCUUUUCGAACGAGGUUUCCCUGCUGUAGGAAAUUGCGUGGAAAUAGGCAUACCGAUGCUUUUGUUACUCAUUGGACUAUCGCAGUACUUAAAGCACUAUAGGCCAUUCAGGGACAUUCCCAUUUUUGAACGCUUUCCGGUUCUCAUUUGUGUCGGCAUCAUUUGGAUAUACUCUAUCAUUUUAACAGCGGGUGGUGCGUAUAACCAUCGACCUCCUAAAACCCAACACAGCUGCCGUACUGAUCGAGCGAAUCUGAUAUCGUCAGCUCCCUGGUUCAGGUUUCCAUAUCCUUUGCAAUGGGGUGCACCAACUUUCAAUGCUGGACAUUCUGUUGCCAUGAUGGCUGCUGUAUUGGUUUCUCUUGUAGAGUCGACUGGUGCAUAUAAAGCAGCAUCGAGGUUGGCGAUUGCAACUCCUCCUCCUGCCUAUGUAUUGAGCCGAGGCAUUGGUUGGCAGGGGAUAGGUGUACUGCUGGACGGUUUAUUUGGAACGGGGACAGGCUCGACUGUUUCUGUGGAGAACGUUGGGCUUCUUGGUCUCACUAGAGUUGGUAGUCGUAGGGUCGUUCAGAUAUCAGCUGGAUUCAUGAUAUUCUUUUCCACCUUAGGGAAAUUCGGAGCCGUAUUUGCAUCAAUUCCGUUUCCUAUAUUUGCAGCGAUAUACUGUGUCCUUUUUGGCCUCGUUGCUUCUGUUGGAAUGUCUUUCCUUCAGUUCACUAAUAUGAACUCAAUGAGAAACCUCAUCAUCACCGGUCUCUCACUGUUCCUCGGAAUAUCUGUUCCACAGUAUUUCAACGAUACCCUGGUUUCUUCGGGCCAUGCUCCUGUAAAUACACAUGCCGGAUGGUUCAAUGGAUUCUUGAAUACUAUAUUUCUGUCGCCUCCUGCUGUCGGGUUGAUCGUCGGUGUUUUUCUCGAUAACACAUUGGAAGUUGAGAAGUCCAAGAAGGACCGAGGCAUGCCGUGGUGGGUAAAGUUCAGAACAUUCAGAGGCGACAACCGCAACGAGGAGUUCUAUACCCUUCCUUUCAAUCUCAACAGAUUCUUUCCGCCAACCUAGCAAAAGGCUCAGCUUCUUCGAAAGCACCGAGCUGCUUCAUUUUGAUAAGUGGCGCGUGCCGGCAUAUUCUUCAUCAAUCUCGGCAGUCGAUGAUCCUGCAUUUUUGAAUUAACAAGGCUUGAGCCGAUAUCUAACCUCGAUACAUUGGCUUCGAUCGACUUUAGUUGGCACCUUGCUGCUGCUCUUUUGAUGUCGCUUAUGCUGGUAGCUUCUGUUGUAUUUUGUUUUAUGUUUCCUUUCAUUAGGAAACUGGUUCAUCUGCCUCUAGUUCCUCUGUUCAAUAAUCAACACUAUUCGAUGCAUCUAUUUAUAGUCGAUUCCUCAAAGUGUACUGUAUGCUUAUGCAUCGAUUUCCUAGCUAUAAACCUCUUGAGAUGGUAUUUUCCAUAUUGGUUGUAGGUUUCUUGUUA